UGGGAUUUGUAGCUGCUUGACCAGAUACAUGAACAUCAGACUGGAGAAAUCGUGCAUGUAUAAUGGUGCCCUGAGGUUAAACUGCAGAGCGGCUGCUCGUGGCUCCAAGCGAUUUAUACCGAAGAUUCACGAACACCGCCGACCUCAAAUGGUCCACAAACCCGAGAUCAACCGAAAGUCUCCAGUUGCUCCCGAUCCGGCCCCAUUGAAGUCUGUUGUUGUCGGUCUGGGGGCGAUGGGGUGGACGAGAUUCAAGAAAUAAAGGAAAAAAAAGUCGAUUUCCAGGAAGCAUCCCUCCUGAGCCCCUCCCAAUCCAGUGAUUUUCGGAUUCGAGGCUUGACAAAGAGACAGACGAUUCAAGAUGAAAGUAAUCAGCGCUGCUGUGAUUAGCGCCCUGUUCUGCACUGUUGUGUCAGCAACUUUGAAAGUUAAAGAGGAACACAGGACAGCCUUCUUUGGGGAGGACAUUCACAUCGAUGUCUCGCCUGGGAACGUUAGUGAGGUUGUGUUCAAACCCAGGUACAAUCGCUCCGCUGAGGUAGUUCUACUGCAAGCAGGCCGGGUGAUGACUCCACAGGGCCAUAUCAACUCUCUGGGCCACCUGGUGCUGGAGGACGUGCAGGAGGAGAACGAGGGGUUGUACAUUAUGAGGAACCCCACUACACCCAACUUAGCCAAGCACCUCAUCCUCAUUGUCAGGGACUGUGCUUUGGAGCAAGUGGUGAAAUAUGGAGAAACUUACUACAUCCAUCUCAACCAAGUCAAAGGACCCAUCACCCUGGAGUUCAGGCCCAGUCUGGCUCAUCCCAAUCAGACUGAGAUGCAGCAUGCAACAGAGUCUCCAUCUGUGAUGCUGUAUAAUCAGACAGCGGUGUCAGCAGAAGAAUAUGUGGGGCGACUCAGUGUGUCGGAGAAACGGGUGAUGCUGCACUCGGUGAGGAUGACGGACGAGGGGAGCUUCACAGUGCUGGACCGUGACGGCAAAGUGAGGAGGAGGAACUGUCUGAAUGUCAGAGAGCACCAGAACUUCAUGCACCUUUCGUAUGGAGCAAACCUGAAGAUGAAACUCUAUGUGCACCAUUCCAAUGUUAACAUUGUCUACAGGCGCAAAUCAGACAAUCAGGACCAGGUCAUCCUGGAUCAGGGGGUUCUGGUGACACCGCUGGACCCUCAGCUAGAGGGCAGGCUGAGUGUGCAGGGAUCAGAGCUCAUCAUGAAGAAGGUCCAUGUGGCUGACACGGGUGUCUUCAAAGUGACAGACCUGUCUGGGUAUCCUGUGGCUCAUGUCUACAUAGAGGCAGACGCCUAUAAGCUGCCUCCCCUGACUGUAGCCAUCCUCUCCCUGCUGUGUCUGAUCGCUCUCAUGCUGCUGGUGUGCUUGCUGUCCUGUCUCUAUAAAAUUCAUAAGAGGAAGGAGAAAAACAAGAAGCUGAUGCUCAUUGCUCAGCAGGCUGGCAAAGGAGACGGCGAGGCUUUUAGACAGGUGGUCCAUGAGGCUUACACCCGGUUCGCUGAGGAUUCUCUGAUGCAGUCUGUGUGUGAUAAGACCUCGGAGAGCACUGAGGUCACAAUUAAGGGCCUUGAGGUGUCCAAACCGGGCCGCUACCAGGCUCUCACCUCAGACAAUUUUUUGGAGAUGAGCGACUCUGGGGUGGAGUUCACCAUGUCUGGCCUCCCACUGGACAGUGACACUGAUGCUGCGAUGAACUAUGCCUCCCAUAAGCCGCUUCUGAAUGCCAUCUCCCCUACAGCCGUGACAGGAGGAGUUCACUCUGACAGCCUGACCACAGUGUCCCCCCACGGUGACCUUAGCGCAAGCCGGACCCCUGACUCCGCCAUGAGUGCCAGCCCUGCUUCCAAUCCUCGCUCUCUUGCUGCUGCCACCCCCGAUGGCAGCCUGCGUGGUGCUGCUUCGCCGGGAACAGCCUCCAGGGCUACUGCUGGAUCGGAUUCAACCAAGACAGAGGGAGGGGCGGAGAACGGAGAAGGUGGGCAGAAGGAGGAAUCAGCUCAGAGCACCUGAGAAGAUGCACCAGGGUGUAUUUUUUUUAGCUCAUGAUCCUUAUACAGUAACGACAUCCAUAACCAUCUGGCUGCAUUUCUGGGAACCUUAUCAUAUUCAAACAACACCAAGUUCUUGAUCAUUGCAUUUGAAACAACAUCACAGACAAAAUAUUCAUGCUUGGAUCCAGAUUUCAGUUUAGCCUAGAAGAAAAUAAUAAAAAGGCAGUUGCACAAUGUGCCCUAUACAAAAUUGAUGCACCAAAUGAGAUGCAAAAAAGAGCAAACCCAAGCUCUAUCAAAAGAAGAACAAAGCAAUUCUGUGCGUAUGGAAAAAGCAUGCAUUUAAAUUAAACAUUAAAGUAGAUAUCAUAGUUCACAUUUACAGGAAAAUGCUGACAUUAGAGUAGAUUGACUGCAUGAAAGCUUCAAUGGGCUAAAGAAGCACAGGCUCCAAAAGAAGUUAUGAUGAUGUGAAAAGGGUAAAACACACUCAGCACUUUUAGGAAAAACCCUAAAUAGGAUCAAAUGAUUUUAGGUCUUGUUAAAAGUUUGUAAAAAAAAAAAAAUAAGAAAGAAAAAAGAAAGAAAAUACAGGACUUUGACAGUUUGACAGGUAGAGUCAGUAGACUCCAAGGAAUCAGAUAUUAUUUUCUGAGACCAAGGCCAACAACAGCAAAGAGCUUCUACUGUAUUGAGUUGAAUCUCAAUGUAUUGCCUCUGACAGCACUUUUGUUUGCUCUCAUGGCAUCAGACAAACACUGCAAUGAUUGCAUUUCAUUCCACCCACACUGACUCCAUUAUUAACAGUACAAGUAUGUCAGAAAGUGUAUCAGCCUUGCAGAAAGAACUGCUUGUCUCAGCACUCAUUCACCCCUAUCCAUGAGCAAAAACCUCCUCAACUUAUUCUAUCAAAAAAACCUGCAAACUGAAACAAGCUCAGUAGACUGAAUACCAUCACUCCUAUGCAAGCGCUGCUUGGUAGUUUUGCUUUCUCUCACAUCUUGGUUGUCAAGAUCUGCCACAUUUGAAGGCAUCAUCUAAAGAAUCCCGUUGAAAUCGUCCACCUCAUCUCACUCACGCUAAAGAUGAAAGCCAGAGAAAACACCCACAAGAACAACAACUAACUGUAGAAACCAUCCUCAUCUAUUUUUAUUUUCCCCCCAGUGGAGUUGUCACAAGCCCUGUCAGAGCAAAAUAAAAUUCUGAGAAUACUUCUGGGACUUUUGGAACAGCUCCCGAGAAAGUAAUUGGAUUCUUGGUCUCUGCGCAGAAGGACCGAUCCACGGACGCCAUAGAGUGAGGAGUGGUGAUAAAAGAGACGACAGAGAUGGAACAGGGUACUAUUCAGGGAACAGAUAAAUGACUUGCAUGAUUUAAAGCCUCCUAUUUUCAUCUCAGCCCCCAUCCAUCGGAGGAGCGCUGAUUAUUGUAGCCCAGUUGUUUGCCAAAAUGAAGUGACUGGAAAGACGCAGUUGGAUCAGUCUUUGAUAACGAUGCAGCCUACAGCCCCAGCAGAAUGAGACAGAGAUUAUGAGAGGUGUGUGUGGAAGGGGGUUCGUACAAAGCAACCAUCAAUAUUAGACAUUCUGUGCGCUGCAUGGAGACAUGAUUCCUUUCAGUGCAUGAAAAAUAGGAAAUGAAAAAGAACACAUUCUCAUAAAAAAUCCUGAAUUAAUGAUUAAAGUAAUAUCAAUAACUAAAAAAAGUGCUGAUGGUGCUACAUGGAUCCAAACCCACCUACAAUCCAGUGACAUUGAUGCUAUUAUUGACAGUACCAGAAAUAAUAUUACAACAUCCGCUUAACCAUUGAAGUAGGGAAGGUCAAAUGUUUACAACCCCUCCAGUUUUUGUAUUCAGCUACUCUGUGAUCUUUAAUUGAACCAAGGGCAUUCAAAUCCUAAUAACUGAUGGUUCAUACUGUAGAUUUGGUUAAUUUAAAAUGUUCUAAAUUAUAUUUUUUUAAAAGACCCCUAAUACAAUUUUGUUUUUUGAGGAUCUCCUCACAAGGAGACCUGGGCAAAUCAGAAACAAGGGGCUCAUUUAAUAACACACUUAACAACAAUAAACACACUUUAUGGGAGAAUAAUAAAAAGAAAGAAAAGAUACAAGUGAUGGACCACAGAAAUAUAGAUUAGAGAAAGUAGAAACAGUGAUGGGACACAAGUUCAAACAAAUUUAAAGAAAAGCACGGACAGAGUCAAUUAGAUUAAACUCUCACAGCUAUAACAAUUGCUUUUGAGUAAUUAACACUUUCUUUGCAGUGGAAGAAGCCUGUGGGCUAAUUCAGGUCACAGGAAACUGAUUUACACCAAAGACAUUUCACAGAAUGAGAGCAAGACAUCUCACACUGCUGAGGAAACUUUGUCAAAGCGCCAAAGCCCCCCCCCCCACACACACACAUGGCCAAGCAGUCUAUGAUACUUGCAUAGGGCUCCUGUAUAGUAAGAGUUCAGCCCUUUUACACCUUUGGAGAAUCAGAGCAGUAUUCAUAGCAACAUCAUUCAUGCGCUUAACCUACUAAACUACACCAAACCACAGCGAUCUUCAUCAUAACAAGGCUCUACUGUCCCAAGGAUCCCAUUUAAUAUCACUAUUAUUGUUGCCAUUGACAGCUUAGCAGUAUAUGGCUACCUCAUGCUGCAAUUGAAUUGAUGUCAGCCUGGAAAGUCUGCAAGAUUUACGAUCUUUACCUCUAAGGGUUGCUAAAAGCAGUCAGACAGACACACAAGUUUGGUGUAUGGACAAGAAAAGCACAAGAUUUAACACACAUAAUCCUUUUGAAACAAGGAAGAGGUUCACAUUGUAAUUAAAAGGGGUGAAAAAUAAGUAGCAGCUAUUGUAAAUACAUUACGUGGAUCUGCAAAAAAUGAGAAGGCUAACUAGGUCCCUUUCUUUUUCAGGAAAAUGUAGUUUGAAUUGAGUCUUUAAAUACUGCACAGGAAUCAUGAGUGUGUAAAAUGACUUGCAUACCCUGCUUACAUGUCAUAGAAGUGUUGAUGUUGUACGGCUGUUUUAUUGGGAAGUGCUUUCACUCAUGCAGGGAAUUCUUGACUUUCUCAUAUAUAUUAACACUAAGAGGCCACAUCAACGCUCCUUUGUGUAUGAUAAAAAUAUCAGGUUGACUCAGAUACCCUCUGAUAAUAAGGUUGUGUAUUUAAGACAAAAUAAUGUUCAAUUCAAUUAAAUCUAAAGCAAUAUUAAUGAUAAUGGCACUGAGACAUCGCUAAGAUCCACUAGGAAAGUGGAAUCUGAACUAACACAUCAGUCACUUUUAAUCAUUCUUUUUUCCACUAUUGUAAAUAUAAAGACAUAUGAUAUGCAUGUUAAAAAAUAAUAUAUUUCUUAUUGCAAGGCUUAUGCAAGAUUUUAUACGAUCAAAACGCUGCAUUGAUCCUUUAACCACACAUCCACAGUUGGUAGAAAACUAACACGCCGGGCUGCAGAUGUAUUCAGCUCAGAAGACUCGUCUAACUCAUGUCAUGUUUACAUGUUUGGGUCACAGAAGUGAUGCUGUGUGAAAUCCUUUCAUCAAAAUUUGCUUCAGCUGUGUUGGAGUAGAGUCGCCUCAGGGGUGCACUAUUUGACAGUGUACCCCUCAGGUAGUCUUAUCUAGACUGUUAAUUUUAAUUUUAAAAUCCACUAUUGUGUCCCUGAGCAAGACACUUAACCCCUAGUUGCUCCAGAGGCGUGCGACCUCUUACAUGUAUAGCAAUUGUAAGUCGCUUUGGAUAAAAGCAUCUGCUAAAUGAAUAAAUGUAAAUGCUUCACAAUUAUGUAAAAAAAAAAAAAAUGUAUUUUUUAUUAAAGCAGCAAUCAAAUGAAAAAACUAUUUUAUGUUUUUCAUUUGUUGUUAUAAAGUUGCUGAUGUUGUGGAGAAAAUUGAUGAUUUAAACAUAAUUCUCCAGCAUUUUGGAAAAAUAAUAAUUUAAUGUCUCGCUGACUCCAAAACCACCUACAUUUUGAUCUGAGUUAAAAUAGUGUAUUAAGGACUGGACUUGCUGCAUGUAAUCACUGAGGCGAGCUGAUGGAGGUUAGAAAAUUGCUGUAAUGUUAAGCUAAAUGCUCAUUAACCCACAAUAUCUCAUUUCCUACUUCCACAUGUAUUCAUAACAACAUGCAUGCAUACCAUCCAUCCAUCAAUCCAUCGUCAACUGCUUAUCUUGGGUACAGGGUUGCGGGGGGGCUGGAGCCAAUCCCAGCUGACAUCGGGCGCAAGGCGGGGUUCACCCUGGACAGGUCGCCAGUAUGCAUGCAUACAUACAACAAAAAAUAAGACAGCUUUGAAGUCGAUAGGGCACCUUUGGUAGGUAGACUAGCUUUCACAUAUUGCUGUCCAAUUAGUGAACAGACUGUAGUUACAAGCAGCUGAGUGGGAAAAAUGUUUAUGUCAGCCUCCCAGUUGUAGUCAGAGUCCGAGAUAUUUGGUAUUUCUAAAACGAUACAAUAGCUUGCACUUGGUCCACCAGUGGAAAAUGGCUACAAAGCCACCAUUGCAGGCAGUUAUAAUUAAAUAAAAUCUCUUAUUACCACUAAUGCAAUCAAUUCAGCUAAUAAAAAAGGAGAUAUACACUGUUUAUCUGGUUUUAGUUUAACUUUAGCCACAAGCAACAUAAAGCAACAUAAUAAAUAGGCCCUUUAUCUGGAGUGACUAAAAGGCAGCAUAAAAGCUCCCAAGUUGAAUAACAAGAGGUUUUCUGCUUCUUUUGCUUGAACAUCGCUUGAAUGCAGCAUAACAAAGCAAAUCAGCAUAUUACCCAGAAUGCCUGAGUAUUCCUUUAAUAAUGUAGGGGAAAAUUACCUAAAAUUGGAAAGCAGCACAAAGGUGAAAUGUUUCAUUCUUGACAUAAAUUACAAAGCCUCUGUUGGACGGCGCUUUAGUGUUUUGCAGGGUGAAGGGCCACGAGCCUCCAGCAUGUUCCUGUUGGAAGAAUAGUACUAAAGUUCAGACAAUAACAGUUGAUGAAGGCUUUAUGAAAGGAUUUCACUGUCAUUCAACCUCAUCUGAUGUUUUCUGUUUCAUUACACAUAAGAGCUGGUAUGCACAAAGCCUCUCAGAACAGAAGUGCUGAACCGUGUGUGGAUAGGGAGAGAUUUAAUAAAAAUGUUCUUUCAGUUCUGGUAGAUUUGCUCAUCUGUUAAUCUACUAUUCACAGUAAUUCCCAAGAAUAUAAUGAAAAAUCAUGAAAUGUUGCCUGCAGUGUGACAGUUUGCUAAUACCUUUGAUCAUAAUAGAAACUUGCUUUCACCGAAAAUAUCAGAAUAACUGUCAACUGCGGUUUCUGACACUGAGAUAAAUUAAUUUUAAUUCACUGUAUAGCUAUAUUCAGUUACUGUGAUUAAAUUUAGUCUUAUCUUUGAUUCAUGACAGAUAAUUGGAUAAGUGUCACUCUAAGCCCACUCUAUAAUGUAUAGGAAGAACAUUUUUAUGAAUAAGGAACACACAAUUUCAAAUCAGGUGGAUAUUCUUUUGGACAAACCGGUCCCAGUUCAGUAGCACUCCUAUUGUGCUCUUAUCGGCUUGAAAAAAUCUUUUGUAGUUCCCACACGUCUGUCCCCACCGUGAUACUCCCAGCACCUGAGAAUGUUUUUUGUACAAGAAAAAAACCCCUGAAAUGAUAAUUCUAAAAAUAACUUUCAUAUAAUCAGUGUGUUUGUACUGUAGUUUGACAGAACAAGUGCAUUUGCCGAAAAAAACUCACCUUCUUUGAAUGAAUGAACAUGCUUGAAUCAUCGUCAGAAAUUUUUGUAGUAUCUCAUUUAGCACCAAAAAGACUACUCUCGCUACCUGUGUGCUUUGUAUUUCUCUUUACUCUGAUAUUAUAGCCUAUAUCUGCUGUCCAAGUGUAUACCUAAGAGUUAGUGUAACUGCAGCAUGCUGACCUGUAGAUUGCUUGUGGACAGCAGCCGUGAUGCUAAUAGCUAACAAUGAUAGUAAUAAUAUGAAUUGCAGUUUUCUGUACAGCUAGCCUCCCGAGUCCAUCCUGAUCUUGUUGCUGGGCUCUGGCCCUGGUUCCCCAUGAUCCUCUUGACUCCUAAUAUCACCUUUCACCGCCGGCAGAGUGAUGGUUAAAGGACCUUACAAAUGUUAAUAAAGGUCACUGCCAAUCAUCUAGGGUGUUUUUAUUUCUUGUUGCUGUCAGCACAGGCAGUGUAGCUGAAAACGAGAACCAUUUCUUGGUGGAAAUAAAAGGCUUCACUUACAAAAGAAUCACUGUUAACAUUUUUGCUUUCCAACUUUGUUGCAUUGUUCAUGUUUUUGUCUAAGGCAUCUUUGCUGGGACAUACUAAUCUUUACUUUGCAUCACUUCUGAUAUGACUUGCUUAUGCAAUUCUCCGAUUCUUAGCCGUGAAGCUGAUGUUUAAUUAAAAGUUUAGAAAUAUACAUGGUCUCAUUCUAAGCAGCAUUAAAGUUUGUGCUCCAGAGGUUUUUUUUAAAUAUUACCAUCACAUGUUUAAUGCCAUUCUAUUUGCAUCUACUAGUGAUUUACAAUUCACGUAAUCUCUCUCCGAGUUGUAAAAUGGUUUUGGGAAACCCCAGAGUCAGGAUGGCUCCAAAGGCUAAAUUAGAUUUUAUUGGAUGUUUUAGCGCAUGAAACAGGCAGGAGAAGUAUUGUCACUGUCAAUGUUACUGUUAAAUAUAAAAGGUUGUUUAGUUAACGUUUUAACUAAAAAAACUUUUACAUGAGAAAAUCUUUCCUUUUCACUUGAUGAAAAAGUGUCUGCACAUAAUUUUAUUUUCUGUAAUCAAGUAAUAAUUGUCAUAUUUUUAGCUUUAUAGUUUAAGGCAGGAAUGUCUGUGUGGAGUAAAAGAAAAUCAUGCAGCUGACAGAGGAGUUAAAGUCCUAUUGCUCCUGUCAUAGCUCAUGAGAGGCUAUAUAACACUGUUCAUGUCUUAGGGGGAGGGGAAAUCAAGAUAUGUAUCUGUUUGUUAAAUCUUUAUGAAUUCUGAAUUCUUUGAAAACACAAAUGCAGACUUCCUCCAGGAUGAUCUGGUUUCUCUGCUUCUGUACAUGUGAGUUGGUCAUGUGUCAUUUUCAGCCCAACAUAACCUGUAUUUUUCUACUAUUAUGAAUUUUUGGAUAAAAGGGAGCAUGUUUUCUGCAUUGUGUUUGAGCUUUGAUUGAUUUAGUGGAAUCCAGAUCUAUUCCAGUUUACUGUCAUUGAUGAAAAACGUACAGUAAACAUCAAAACAUGGAUGUGUGUAUUCCCCAGGAUAGUUUCGGUUGAAAGUGAAAAAAGAAAAGCUGCAAUGAGGCAUUAGAGUAUGUUAUUCCUGUACAUCUUAGAUACCAGAAAUUCUGGUCUGGUCACUGGUUUGUCUGCAUGAAAGUCUCUGUCGUUACUUGUUUUCAUUUUCAUUUUGAAAGAAAUCACUUGAAUGCUUCAUAUCUAAGAGUUCAGAUCUCAUUUGAUGUUUUUCCAAAGCUGGGUAAUCAUUAACUUUAACAAUACUUCACUGCACUGCCAUGAACAAGCGACCACACACCCACUUGUUUGCUUGAAGAAUAAAUCAGUGAUUACCGGUGUAAGACCUUUUCCUGCACAGACUUUUGUAAAGCUUCUCUUUUUUCUGUAAUGAAUGAAUAAUUCUAAUUAAAUGACUUUUCAACAGAGCCCGAAUCAAAA